GUGUAUAAAUACUGAUGUGAACCUAAGCCAAACACACAACUGCUAGUUUCUUGCAUUUGACUGAUCACAGUUUUUUGCUACUUGCAAAUAUGUCUACAUCUAUUUCCCUCGCAUUUCUGUUGGUUUUGGUGUCUUGCACUCUGAUAACUUGUCAGAUUGGACCACCUGCAUAUGUGCCAACUGAAGGUGAAAAAGAAAUUUGUGCAAACAAUGCUAACGGUAGAACUGUUGAAAAUGUCAUGAAGGACCGACCCCAAUCUUGCCAUGUUGUUUGCAGCUACAGUGACGGACAGGAUGAGACUUACAAUUCCCCAGAUGGACAGCUGUGUUGCGACAUGGUGGGAGUUGGGCCAACAGGGCUAUGCAGAAACGGAAAAUGCGCCCUCGGUGGAAUUUUUUAAUGGAGUAGAAUAUUUAGAGCAGCUCUUGUUAGGAAAAACUACAGUAUUUAUCCGGAACAAAUAAGGGCUUUGUGCCCCAAUAUUGAUCUUCUCAAUUUCAUUUGUUUUCCCACUCAAUCCAAAUAAAAUGCUGCA